UGUAAAUGUUUUGGCGGUAAACAUCAGGAACGCAAAUCAUAAACUUGUGUUCAAGAUAUUAAAUAAUAUAGCAAGACUGCAAAAAGAAAAUACGAAAUAUUAUUACUAUACAUUCCAGGGACAUCAUUACGUUAAGUAAAUUCUCUUAAAGGAAGUUUUAGGUUAGUCCGCCAAUCUGUUCGUGAGUGAGUACGUGCGCGGGCCCAUGAUGCUUCAAAAUCGAAGCUAUAAGGCAACAGGCGAUUUCUUAAUCGGGCACCACGUGAUAUUAAUUUAAACAGACGUCUAGAGUGUAUCUCAUAAUAUAUUGCCAGUAAGUUACCUCGUCGGCUCAGUAGCUCCAGGCUUGAUUCCAGAUCGAAACAGGUUUUUAAUCUGGCAGCCCCGAUGCCUCGCCUCGAAGCGAUUCACCGGCCGGCGGACGGCGCGGCGACGGGCGAACUAUUCACUCGUAUUCGUUCGUCGACCGAAGCGACACGGGGGACUCGGACAAAGAGUAAAGCGUCGCGUUUGGCUGUCGCGUUUGUACGUUGUUAAGCGUGGCGAUUGAAUUAUAAUAAUAAUUUUAAAUAAAGUUCGUGGACUUGUUUACGUAUUUAUUAAAUAACAUCAACAAAAAAAUAAUUGUGCUUGUGACUUUACCUUUUAAUAGCGGUGAACGUGAUUUUUGUAAUACUUUAAGGCUCGUACUUAGUGAUUAACAACCAGGAUCUGUGAGUGUAGUUGUGGAAGCAGGUGUUGCAUUCCAGGGGCGUUAAGGACGCAGCCUCCGCUUCAAAUAGAAAGGUGAAUUUGUCACUAUCAUCCUAUUUUCGAUAUCGAGAUGGCGGCUAGAUUAUGAGGUCCGCUAACAAACGGCAUUUAGAUGAAGCAAAGCCGACGAUCUAAGGAAUGCUAAUUCAUAAGCGUUAUAAAUCUAGCUGAGAUGCCGCGGUGGAGUGCGCUGAUCCGGCAUGGACAAACAUCGAUAUGGCUUUUCCUAUGCCUGGUUUAUCUGGUCAUCGCCACUCCCGGUCCAUGCGAAGUGGAAACGGGUCAAUCGAGUAUUAUAGUCGAUAUCGAAGAAAGCAGAGGAGAUCAAGUUAACCAAAGCACGGUGCCAGCAAUCUUGCCAGUAGUGGGGGAGCCAGAUGUGGAUGUAGUAUUAUCGACAGUGUUCCCUAAGGGGCCAACGCUGUUUCAGCUCGAUGGAAAACGCUUACAACUACUCCAGCCCCUCGAUAGAGACGCGGACAACCUCUCACAUAUGGUCUUUCAGUUGGUGUGCCAAGUGAAAGCUACGAAGAAGCGUCGGACCAUACCUGUGAUAGUGAGAGUGUCGGAUAUCAAUGAUAAUGCGCCCGUGUUUCAGGGGACUCCGUAUGAAACUAGCGUCUCUGAGUUGGCUCCGAUUGGCACGACGAUAUUCGAAGGGAUUCGAGCAGUUGACAUCGACGCUGGAGUUAAUGGCUUGUCAGAAUACUUCAUAAUACAGGGAGAUAACCAGACAUUGGAUUCAAUGAACGCCGCUGACGGGUACAGCCAUUUCGCCAUUCCGAUACCUCAUGUUGGACACGUCACAGUUAACAAGAGUUUGGAUUACGAACGAACACAGAAGUAUCUAGUCACUAUUGUUGCUUCUGAUCGUGCCCGUGAUAACAAAAGACGGUUGUCAAGUACAACGACGCUAACAGUGAACGUUCAAGAUGAUGAUGAUCAAGAUCCUUCAUUCAUAUACAAAGGCUGCACCCUACACGAAGGAGCUUGUUUCAACCCCGAAUAUGCCAGUUACGUGAACAGCGGUAUGCUAGCAGGAAUCCUCUCAUUAGAACCGGAAAAGAUUCAAGCCGUCGACAUGGAUACAUUGAACGCGAGGAUACGUUACAGCAUCGAGAGCGGAGAACCAGAGUCUUGGCCGGAUUAUUUCACUAUCGACACGAACACCGGCGCUGUAAGGCAACUGGUGCCGGUCGAUACAAGUAUUGCGAAAAAGUUUCAAUUGGUCAUUAAGGCCGAAGAAGUAUCAGAAGCGAAACGUUAUACCACAGCCAAGUUGACCAUCACAGUGCGGCCGGUAGACGCUAGUCCACCAGUCGUGAAAGCUUCUUCAGAUUUAGGGGAAGUCGAGGAAAACUCACCGAAAGGAACUAAAGUCUUGGACUUAAACGGUCAGCCGAUUGAGCUAGCUGUUUCUGAUCCCGAUCUGGGACCAGGAGAUCCAAUUCCGAACUACACGUUUGAACUAACCACUAAUUUCUUCGACAUCAAGGACGGAUAUUUGGUUGUUGGUGACGAGACACUUGACAGAGAUCCACCGAAUCCAGGGAAAUAUAGAAUUCAGGUCGUAGCCCGCGAAGCGAACGGUGGAGCCGCCUCAGCUCCAUAUACCAUCACCGUACAGUUGCUAGACCAGAACGAUAACGCACCAACCAUACCUAAAACCCAACCAAUAGUUGUACCGGCCACUUUAGAACCCACCGCAGUGCAUAAGGUCGAAGCUGUUGACAUCGACGAGGGUGAGAACGCACGUGUGACCUAUAAUUUAUAUCACGUGUCUAAUAAUGGUGGCAACAAAUUCACUAUAGACCCUAACACGGGAGUUAUAUCAAGCACGGGGCGUCUCCAAGCCGGCGAACAAUACAGCGUUACAGUUCGAGCCACCGACGCUAAGGGCCUCAGUUCCCAGGGCAUUGUGGAGUUAUCCGUGGCCCCCGGCCCUAACACGAGCCCGCCGCAGUUCUCGUCCAGAGACUACUACGCGCCCGUCUCGGAGGGCGCCGCCAUUAACUCGACCGUCACCACGGUCACUGCAAAAGAUCCCGAGAACGAGCCUGUGACAUACAGCAUAUUAUCUGGAAACGAUCUGAGACAGUUCGCAAUCGGCUCUAAUACUGGCGUCAUAACGGUCAUUAGGAGUCUAGACCGAGAAGUUUUGACGAGAUAUCAAUUGGAGGUGAAAGCAGAAGAUCCAGGGAAAUUAGUGAGCACUGCGACCGUCAAUAUUAAAGUUACCGACAUAAACGAUAAUAAUCCGAAAUUUGAUGAGGAAUUCUAUACGUUUCAUGUUAAAGAAGGGAUGUCCGAUGAAUUCGUUGGGUACGUGCACGCGACGGACGCGGACGAAGGCGUCAACGCGAUCAUAAGCUACAGCAUCCCGAACAAUUUGCCUUUCAACAUCGACAACAACACCGGGAUGAUCAGCACCAAGACCAAACUCGACUAUGAGAAGACGAAGGAAUAUUCUUUCGUGGUAACAGCGACAGAUGGCGCUAUAGACAAACGUCUGGGAACAGCGUCGGUCGCUGUACAAGUACAAGACAUACCCGAUGAAGCGCCAAUAUUUCCUUUGCCGCUGUAUUCGGUUCAUGUACCGGAAAACGUGCCCAAUUACCCAGUCGUUAAAGUUCAGGCAGAAGAUCCCGAUACAUCUCCGGAGAUAACGUACACGAUAAUGAAAGGCGAUAUGGAUCUGUUUUCGAUCGACCGCAAGUCGGGUCUGGUAAGGACUCUGCAGGCCUUAGAUAGAGAAACAUCGGCCCGACACGAACUCAUUGUUGGCACCGAAGAGAACAGCGAAGAAGGACCGGGCGCGACCACAACUAUAGAGAUUGUCGUUGAUGACAAGAACGAUAACUCGCCCAUAUUCACGUCAGUGGUCCGACCGGUCACGGUGGAGGACUCAUCGUCUAUAGGGAGUCUCGUGCAGACGGUCGUCGCCAGUGACGCAGACGCGACGUCACCGAACAACAGAGUCCGGUACAAACUAGUGGGUCGGGGUAAAGCGUCCAAGUACUUCCACGUCGAACCCGACACCGGUGCGUUGAGGGUUCGCGAUGAUCUGAAGAAGGAAACGGAUAGCGAGUAUACGGUGGACGUACAAGCUUACGACCAAGGCGAUCCGGUCAUGUCAUCGGUGACCAGUCUAACGGUGUACGUGAGCCAUUCGGCAACCGUUCCACCUGACGUCGGCUUAGGUUUCGCUGAUACAGUGUAUACGGAACACGUUGCCGAGAACUCGCCCAACGGUACCCUAGUUAGAGUGUUGCCAUUACUCAAUAAAAGGGAACAUUCCCCAGACACGCCUCUAAAAUGCUUACUCACAGAAUCUUCGCAAAAAGGGAUAUUCUACGUGAAGCUGACAGAAGACCGCGACUGCGCGAUAUACCUUAACACGAGUUCGCUAGACUACGAGACACUAUCGGAGUAUUCUCUGGAAGUACAACUGGAGUCCAUACAGGGUCUGAUCAACCCCGACAGUAGUAGAGCGCUCGUCAAAGUUCAUGUGACCGACGUCAAUGACAACCACCCCGUGUUUGUGUUCAACGAACAGUCCACUGUGGCCGCCGCGAAAGGGAAAUACUUCGCUAUUGUCAAUAAAGAGAUGCUUCUGGGCACCAACGUUCUUCAAGUAAAGGCGAAAGAUCGGGACAGCGGCGCUUACGGCAAGUUAGAAUACCACAAGAACUCGUGGACCGAAGCGGCCGAAGAGUACUUCGGUCUGGACGCGGACACGGGGAUCAUAAGCAAUAUAAAAUCGUUCGAGAACGUUCCAAAGGACAUUCUGCCGUUCAAGUUCAGCGUGACCGCGAGAGACAACCCUGAUUCGCCACAGGACUAUAAUAUAGCCAGAGCGUCGGUUGUGAUAAACUUAUUACAAAAAGAGAAUCAACUGGUAUUGGAAAUAGCGGAUUUGAAUCCGGAUGCGAUGCGCCGGAGAGCCAGAAGUCUUCUAUCGGUCAUAGAAGAGAAGAGCGGUUUGGUCGCCGGCCUAGAAAAGUUAACGUCGAGACAUUAUCUAGGAGAGAAUGGUACAUUGGAGAGCGACAGCCGUGGGACCGACGUUUGGCUCUACCUAAUCGAACCUAGUACUGGCGAAAUAUUGACUAGAGAAUCUAUGCCUGUGCAGAAGGCCAUAGAGACUGGGGUCCACAAAGCGGUGGCUGCUCGGCUUCAGUCUCCAGUCAGUGAAGUUCGAGCUCCUUUAUUAGCGGCCGAAUUGCCGAAGAAGCCUCACAUAGCAGCCGCGCCGCUCGCCACGGCCCUACCCGCCGCCCUGAUAGGCCUGGCCGCCGUCGUACUGGUCGCCGCACUGGUCGCCACCAUCUACAUCUGCGCCUCAUGGAACAGGUAUAAGAAACACAAAGAGCAAGCGGUUCAACAGUACGGAACUCUGAGUAUGAGCAUGCCGCCUCCUCGUCCUCCGUCUGGCUACGAGUCCAGUGAAGAUGACCCCGCACCGAGAUAUGAAACACAGGUACUCAAUAUGGCGGUCGAUGACGCGGAUCUGCAAUUAGACUUCAGUCCAAACAAUCACGCGUUCAAUAUACACAACGUUCAAUAUUUAUCCAAAGAUAAUGGUGAGAGAAGUCCAACGUUAUCGGAAACAGCGACGACAGCUCGAGCCUCGAGCGUCAAUGAAAACGGGGGUACUCUGAACAAACUCCACAACAGCCACUACGAUCCUAUCGCGAACAACGCGUCCAUAGCGCGCAACACACAGACAUUGAACCGAAGGAUGCCGAACUCGCAAGCGUUGAACAACGCUCUCGGGACAUUGCCCCGUGCCAACAAUAACAAUGUCGGUGGUGGAUUAUUAGCCGCCACAUUAGGUAGGAAGAUCAACGGGAAUAAUCACAAGAAGAAAACUCAACCCAUAAUGGCGUACGACGAUAUACCCGGAAUGCAGAAAGCCUCUGACAACGACAACGUGACAUUUGGCAAAAGAAACUUCUCUGGGUACCCAUACGAUCAAUCGACUGUCGAAACUACGACAGAGUUAUAGUGAGAAAUUUGUGAAACAAUAAAAUAAUGAUAUCGAACAUUGUAAGAUGAAAUAUCCGUCCAAUCAGUGGGUGAAGUGCUGUUUUAAUAUAAGCGAAAUCUUAAAGUAUUGCUCUACUAUAUCCCUUCUAUUUUGUGAUCGUUUUAAAUGACUAUUCUUAUUUUAUAAAUCUAAUUAAAUUAUCUUCUAAAAAUAAAUAUACAUUGUAUAAUCUUUUCAGUUAUAUAUGAUUUAUUUAUAUUUAUCUAUUUGUACUAUAGUUUAGGGGUACAAAAAUACAACAUUUUUGUGGUAGGGUAACGUUAAUUUCUUUCCGGUUGUUUGUUAUUAAUUUCGUAAAAUAUUUUACAUAAAAAAAAUUGUACAUAGGUUUUGUAAUAAGCGAACUGAGCGACUUUAUCAUAAAUGAACUCCCAUUUCCAUAAAAAUAUUUUUUUUUUUUAUAUUCAACCUCUUUUUAAUUAGCUCGAGCGAUUCUUCGUAUAAUUUUCUUCUUUUAAUUUAUUAAUUUACGUAUUCAAAAAAUGUAUAUGUUUAACAAAACUUUUGUAAAAAAAGUUUGUAUUUAAAUUUAUUUACUCUGUUUUAUGAUUUCGUUUUUAAUAAAACUCGUAAAAUUAGUAUAAUGAUGAUGAUGAUGUGUUCAACGAAUAUAAUAAUUAUUAUACGACUGAAAAAUGCUUCAAACUUAAUAUUAUUAUAAUAAUUUUUAUAACGAAUUUCUUAGCGGUACUUACUUAGCCAAGGCUAGUCUUUUAAAUGAGAACAAAUUGCGCGUAAUGUUUUUUUUUUUUUUAUAAAUAUUAUCUUGUAAAUAAUUGUGGCAUUAGAAAGUGUAUAGAUAAUGUUAAUAUACGAAUAGUAACGUGUAUAAUGUCAGAUAAAUAUUUUUGAUGAGGGGAACUUAACAGUGCAAAGGAAUUGCUUCCGAAAACAAUUGGAAGUGAUUUUUAUUCCUCAAAUGGUCAGAUAUCACUAGCUGAGAGGUUGAGCGAUUUAGUUUACAGAUAAAAAAAAUUAUAUCUAUUUUAGACCUACUGAGUGUGAACUAAUUGAAAGCGAUAUAUGUUUGUGUUAUGUGUAGCAAAUUAAUAUUGUUUUGCCCUUAAAAGCGGUUCGUUUACUUGAAUAUGGUUAUGAAUAAGGAUUCCCAAGGAGAAUGUUAGUUUGUAUUCUUUUUUUUUUUUUUUGGAAAUAUCUCGCCAUUCCAAUGAUUUUUAUUUUUAAAAAUACUCGUUUUUUGGUCUAAUCAUCUACAGACAGCUUCUUUUUCUUAGAGUCGACCUUUAGAUUACAAUGUUUUAGCUAAAUUGUUUGAAGAAUUCAUUACAAAAAUCAUUGCGUAAAUAAUUAUGUGCGAUUUUAAUAUUUAUUUUCAAAAGCUUACAUCAUUGAUCAUGAUUGACUUUAUGUCACUAAAUGCAACAGAUCGACGUGGCACUAAAGUUUUUCGCUAGUCGUGACCGUAAUUUUAUUUUAUUCUAUUUUCCGGUUUGAAUCGAAAAAAAAACGACGUUUUUUUUAAAUCGAUCUACUGGCUCUGGCCAGUGCUCACGGCUUGCAUCAUAGUGAAAUUGUCAAUGGUUUUGCAAAGUUUUAAUUCGAACCGCUUACUUGCCAGGAUAAACUAAGAAAAAUCAUAAAAAAACACUGUAACUUAAAACGAAUGUAAUAUGAGCACUUUUUAAAUGACGAUGAACAUGUCUUGAAAAUGUUAUACGCAAAAAUUAACAAUCGAAAUUAUCACAAUAUUUCAAUAUUAAUAUCUAAUAAAGCAAUAGAAGAAAGAAAAAGAAAAAAAAACAGCUCCCUGUGUUCUGGACAUGGCUUCCAAGUUGCCAUGUAAAUUCACAUAUCUUGUUCAAAAAGUGUCUGGCUUCGUCAAUAGAUCGAAUAAAAAUGUAAACUCUCUCGUGGGGUUUGCUGUAAAUGAGUAAAAACCUCGAAAAGGAUUUCAAAGUAUGUAUUAAUUUCCUUUGAAAAAAAUAUUUUACUUGUAUACCAUUUACAAGGUGUCACUAUCUACGUUACCAAAUACUUUUAAAGUGUUUGUAUUAAAGUAAUGUACACUAAACUUAUAUUUAAAGAUACGAAUAUUUUUAUAGCGUUUUUUUUAUCGGAUAGUCACCGUGGUAAGGUUUUUAUUAUUUAAACCAUCGCUGAUAUUCAAGAAUAAAUAAUACAUUUAUUAUAAUAGUUUCCAUAUGAAUAAUGUGCCAGUUAUUAUUAAAUUUUAAUACUAUGUAAAUUAAUUCAGAAAGAAUGUAGAAUUUGGCGUGGCGAUGUCUGAGUAUGAAUUAUUUAAAAUACUCAUUUCUUUGAUCUAAAGAUUGAAAGAAGUAAAUAAAAAUGAUCAAAAAAGUGUAUUUGAUUCCAUUUACUAGCUAAUGCUGCUUACUUACUUAAUAGUAUACUAAAGAAAUGCUCAUUUUGUAUUUUAAAAGGUUAUUCGUGCCAAACAAAUGAAGUGGGUAACAAAAUUAUCUAAAAAUCUUAUUGGUUCAUUAAACGUUACCUAUUGUAAUUUUGUAUGAUAGAUUGUAAAAUAUAUUUUUAUAAUAUAAAUGUUUUUCAUGAAAAUGUAAUAUAUGAUAAAUAAAUAAGAAAUUGUUAUUGUAAUUUUUUGAAAUAAAUACAUUUUAUUAUCAA